AUGGCUUCGACAACCCCUCGUGUCCCGAUCCCCGCCAACGGCGUCGACUAUCGCGGGAAAAUCGUUUUGGCGCCCAUGGUGCGGUCCGGGGAACUGCCGUCUCGCCUCAUCGCCCUCAAAUAUGGCGCAGAUCUCGUCUGGGGCCCAGAAACAAUCGACCAGGCUAUCAUGGGAGCCGAGCGUCGUGUCAACCCACGGAAUAAUACCAUCGAGUUCACCCGCGUGUCGUCCAACGGCGGCCGCCCCGAUAUGCCCAAAAAAGAAAACGUGAUCUAUCGCCUCGACCCUGCUCGCGAGAAAGGAAAGCUCAUUUUCCAGAUGGGCACGGCAAGACCAGACUAUGCCGUUCGCGCAGCAAAGAUGGUUGCCGCCGAUGUGGCCGGCAUUGAUGUGAAUUCUGGCUGUCCAAAACCCUUCAGCACGAGCGGCGGUAUGGGCGCUGCGUUGCUUCGCACUCCAGACAAACUGGUUUCCAUUCUAGAAUCUCUCGUGCAAGAAGUGGGAAUUCCUUAUCAAAUCGGCAUUUCAGUCAAGAUUCGUCUCCUCGAAACCCCCGAAAUGACGGAAUCCCUCGUCAAGCGGUUGGUUGCUACUGGUAUCACAGGGCUGACCAUCCAUUGCCGUACAACCCCGAUGCGGCCUCGAGAACGAGCUAUUCGUGAUCAGCUGAAGAUGAUUGUUGGUGUCUGUCAUGAUGCAGGUGUGGCCUGCGUUAUGAACGGCGAUGUUACCUCGCGGGACCAGGCACUCGCGUUGAUGGAAGAAUACGGCGCUGAUGGUGCCAUGAUAGCGACAGCCGCUGAAGCGAACUCGUCUUGCUUCCGGUCAGCUGCAGAGGGCGGACUGCUUCCUUGGCGCGAUGUCGUCGAAGCCUACAUGGAGGAAGCAAUCCGGGCCGAGAAUCGUUAUGGGAACACUAAGUUUCUACUCAAUAUGAUGAUUCAAUCUAAGGACAAUUCCUCCAAACAGGCCAAACAAGCCAAGAAUUAUCUCGACGUUUGCAGGCUUCUACAAUUUGACCAUCUCAUACCCGCAGCAAAGGAGGUUGAUAAGAUCCUAGGCUUGGCAGACAGACCUACCAUCAGCAGCGAAGACGGAACCCAGCCUUCUGCAGUCCAGAAGGCCAAGGAGAAUAACGAGUCGGCCAGAGCAGCUGCUGGCGGAUCAACACAUCUCAAAAAACAACCACCUACUCGGGAGAGCCCCGGUCCUAUCAGGACGAACUCUAGAGCCAGCAUUCCCAAUUCAACCUCCCAAACAGAAGGUGACACUACAGAUGAAAUCACUGCAUCAGCUUCGAUUCCACAACAGAGCCCUGCAGUUGCUGUCUGA